AUGGCGCAAAAGGUUGGCACCCAAAAAUCCGUGACUGACAUCGCAAAAGGGGUGCAAGGGGCGGCUAAAAGGAAAUUGCGUACUAAUAGUAGUUUGGUAGGUCAUAUAUCAAAGGCACAAUUUAGAAAUGAUAUUGAUGGAAAAAAACUGCAAAACAAUAUUUGCGACAUUGACAAAGACAUACAUACUAAUGAUAGUCGUGAAAAAAAAGAGAGACCUCAAGGUCCAUGUACAGGAAAAGGUGAACGAUUCAUUAUAGGAGCAACAUGGAAACAGAAAGAUACAGAAAUGCGUCAAGGUCACGAAGACAUCUACAUUCCACCAAGACGUCAACAUAUGUGUACUUCCAAUUUGGAGAAUUUAUAUGUGGAUAGCAUAGGACUUCAAGGCAAUAAAGCUAGUCACUCAUUAUUGGGGGAUUUGUUAUUAGCAGCACAAAUUGAAGGAAAAUAUAUAGCAGAAAAACUUAUUAAUGAUAAAUCACAAAUUUGUCGUGCUAUGAAAUAUAGUUUUGCAGAUCUUGGCGAUAUAAUUCGAGAAAGGGAUAUAUGGAGUGAAAAUGACGACAUGAAGAAGAUACAGAAAAAUUUAAAAACUAUUUUUAGUAAAAUUAGAGACAAUAUUUCUGAUACCAACACCAAAAAUAAAUAUGAAGAUACUGAUGGUAAAUAUUUAAAAAUGAGGGUAGAUUGGUGGGAAGCAAAUAGAAAAGAAAUAUGGAAAGCCAUGACAUGUUCUGCUCCAAACGAUGCUAGGUAUGCAACACUUACAUCUAAUGGCAUGAUGCAUUGGUCAAGUGGUAAAUGCGGCCGUAAUAACCCUCCAUAUGACGAUUAUAUUCCCCAACGGUUACGAUGGUUAACAGAGUGGAGCGAAAACUACUGUAAUCAACUAGAACGUAAUUAUAAAUCUGUGGAUGAACAGUGUAAAAAAUGUAAAAAGAGGGUAAAAAAAGGAAAAUGCAUGUAUAAUAUGAAUGAUGAGGAAGAUAAUUGUAAGCGUUGUGUAGAUAAUUGUACAACUUAUAAAGAACAUGUUCAACAAUGGAAGAAACAAUGGAAUGAGCAUAAAGAAAUAUACAAAAAAUUAUACCAAGAAGAAAAUAGUGGAGGUAAAAGUAGUAAUGGUGAUUAUUCAACUGAAAAACAACUUGAAGAUUUUUUCAAAAAACUUAAAGAAAACAAAUAUGACAAUGCUGAAAAUUUUAUAAAAUCAAUGAGGGGAUAUGCGUAUUGCACACGAGCACACCAGACUAAUAUCGAGAACGAAAAUGACCCCGCUCACGUGUUUAGUGAAACUCCAAUAAAAUAUAUGAAUGAAUGUAGUUGUGUGCAUGAUCCGAACCUAUCUGGCGGCAACACUAAUUCAUGUAAUUCUAAAACUAGAAAUGUUAUACAAGCAGCAAAAACGUUACAGGAAACGGCAAAUACACAAUUGGAAUCUCGUGGUAGUAGAAAUUUGUUGAAAGGAAAUGCAAAACUAGGUGAAUAUAAGAAUAAGGGUAAUGGAAAUGAUUUGAAUGACAUAUGUGAUAUAACGGACAGAUAUUCCAAUGAUAUUCGUCAUUCUAAUGGUACAGGUACUAAUAAAUAUGAGGGACCAUGUACAGGAAAAGGUAUAUAUCAUGGUACAGGCACGAGAUUUGUCAUUGGAACCAAAUGGGAAACAAAAGAAGAAGAAGUAAAUUCAAACCACAAAGAUGUUCUAUUACCACCUAGACGUCGACAUAUGUGUACCUCAAAUUUAGAGAAUUUAGAAGUGGAAAAGGGUCCACUUAGUGGAUCUAAGGUUAAUGAUUCCUUUUUGGGCGACGUGUUACUUUCUGCGAAUAAAGAAGCAGAAUUGAUAAAAUUAAAUUAUAGUGACCCAAAGGAUCAUCCUGCUGCUUGUCGUGCUGUACGUAACAGUUUUGCUGAUAUAGGCGACAUUAUAAGAGGAAGAGACAUUUGGGAUAAAGACACGGAUGCAAAACGAUUACAAGGAAAUUUGGUAAAAAUAUUUGCUAAAAUUAAAGAAAAAGUUCAUAAAGAAUAUCCAGAAAAAUAUAAAGACGACACCCCCGAACAUAAACAAUUGAGAGAAGACUGGUGGGAAGCGAAUCGCGACCAAGUAUGGAAAGCAAUGAAAUGUCACUUAGAACAAUUAAAGGCAGUACAAGAUAGACCAAAUUGUAAAGAUGGAGAUACUGAAAAACCAUUACAAUAUUGCGGCUAUGAUAAUGAUACACCAUUGGACGAUUAUAUACCUCAAACUUUUCGAUGGUUAACUGAAUGGGGAGAAAGUUAUUGCAAGAAAAUAAAACGUGAUUACGACGAUGUUAAAGAGAAAUGUGACAAAUGUAAGAGUAAUAGUAGAGAAUGUUCGAAAGGAAGUGGAGAUUGUAAGAAGUGCUCGAAUAUGUGCAGCAUAUAUACUGAUCAUGUAAAAGAAUGGAAAUCUGAUUGGGAAAAACAAAAACGAAAAUAUCAAACUUUAUACAAUAACCCUAAUAUUGGUGCUAAUGAUGAUGAAAGUGUGAAAAAAAUUAAUGAGUUUUUCGAAAAACUUAGGAAAGACGGAAUAAAGGAUUAUGAAAAUCCUGAAGAUUUUAUAGAAGCAAUGCGAGGUUAUACGUAUUGUCAAAAAGCAAAUCAGGUUAAAUACCUGGACAAGGAUAAAAGUGAUGACGCCCAUGUGUUUAGUGAAACUCCAAAAGAUUAUAAGACAGAAUGUAAUUGUGACAAGGAGCCUGCACCACCGCCUAAACCGCCACCUGCUGAACCAACAGAACCGUCACCUCCACCGACAUCGAAUACAUGUGAACAAAUAAUGGCUAGUGGGAUAAACCAGUGGGAUUGCGAAAAGGCCACAAGUGGUGGUGAACCAAAUAUGUGUAUCCGAAAAAGUGGUAGUAGUGUUGGCACAAAUAAUUCACCUGACGAUUUUAUCCUUUUAUUCAAUGACUGGUUGAACGAUAUGCAACGGACGUUACAAAGGAGUACUGAAAUGAUAGAACCGUCAUGCAAAGGCAAAUCACAAUAUAGUUAUAAACCAGCUGGAAAAGAAUGUGCCGAAUGUAAGCGUCGAUGUGAUUGUUACGAACAAAUAAAAAAGAAAAUCGAAGACCAAUGGUCAAAACAAAAAGAAUACUUCAAUGCAUACGUAAAUAAAGAAGGAAAGGUAAUGAAAAAUGUUGAAUUGAAUGUUUUUUUGGAAGCGCAUUGUAUGUUUAAUGAAAUUUCCAAAUCAAAAAAUAUAAGGACUACACAAAAUGGUAAUUACCAUGAGGAAGAAAAAAAAAAAUGUAACGAACUCAAAAAAGAAAAAGCGAAUUAUGUGGAUGCAUUGAUAGAUGAUAGUAGUGAUAAGCAAUCAAAAAUUUGUUAUGUAUGUGAUACAAACAAAAAUACACAAGAAGAGACGUUUGACAAAGAAACAUGUAAAGGUAUUGAUAAUAUUGACGAUCGUGAAUGUGGAUCAAAGGAUUAUACGGAAACAAAUUGGAAAUGUAGAGAAACACUCGGGACGUUAGAAAAAAAUACUUGUGUUCCCCCUAGAGGACAGAAAUUAUGUAUAGCAAAUAUGUAUACGGGUGGAAAAAUAGUAGCAGAUAUGUCGACCGAAUAUAGAAUAAAAUCCGAAAUACAACGAGCAAUAAAAAGAGAAACGAAAUUAUUGUGGGAUAAAUAUGCAAAAAAAGACAAGGAUAAAGAAAAAGGAUGUAGGUACAUACAAAGAAGUUUUAAUGAUUUCAAAAACAUAGUGACAGGAAAAAGUUUGUGGAAACCUAAUAGUAUUGGAGCCUUGGAAACAAAAGUUGGUGAAAUUAUUAAAUCUAAAAGUGGUGAUAGGAAAAAAUGGUGGAAACAAUAUGAAAAAGAUUUUUGGAAUGCAGUUAAAUGUGGGAUUGAAGAAGCUGGUGACAAGGGCAAUGAAUGUCCCCAGAUACAAUACGACAACGAGUAUGAUUCGCAAUUUUAUUGGUGGUUUAGGGAAUGGGGGGACGAUUUUUGCGAUAAAAAAAAAGAAAAGGCACAAAAAGUGAAAGACACAUGUAACAAGAGUGGAGCAAAUAAAUCAUGUUCUAGCGGUAGUGUUAAUGUUAUGGAAGAUGGAGAGUGUAAAAAAUCGUGUGAGGAAUAUAAGAAAUUAAUUAAAGAUAAUAGAGAAGCGUGGAAAACCUUUUCUAAACAUUUUGAUGAAGAGAUAAAAAAAGAAAAGGAUAAUGACUCCUAUUACAAUCCUUCAUUUUAUUUAUUAUAUAAUUGUGAUGAUUGUAACGGAACAAAUUUUGAAAAAGUAUUUAGAGAUGGUAUGGUUUAUGGAGAUUACCAAAAUACGUGUACAUGCGAACCAAGUAGAAGUGGUCGUUCUAUGCAGAAUACUGUGAGUAGUACUACCACUAAUAUAAAUCCAUGUGACCCCGAAAUCAUAACAUCGAGUUGUCAUGAAAAAAAUUUGAAUGGAACAUCAUGGAACACAACUAUUGUAUCUGAUAAUGAUAUGUUUAACGUUUAUUCCCCUCCACGACGUCAAAAACUCUGUUUAGGGAAUUUGACCUCAUUAACAGGUGGAGAAAAUCCGAAAUUAACUUUAGAAAAAGAAUUAUAUGCUGCAGCAAAGAAGGAAGCGGAACUAUUAAGAGAACUUCACAAAGUUUCAAGACGUACUACUGCACCCAAUGACAAAAAUGAUAAAGCCUGUAAAGCUAUAAAACGCAGUUUUUAUGAUUUCGGAGAUGUAAUAAAAGGCACGGAUAAGGAAAAAGGAUCGUAUGACAAAAUAGUCGAAUCACAAAUAAAGGAAAUUUUUAAAAAUGAUGAAAAAAAUGGCACUAUACCUACAGAGGAAGAAAUAAAAAAGUUACGUAAAACAUGGUGGGAAGAACAUAAAGAUAAGGUAUGGAAAGCAAUGAAUUGCGACAACAAAAAAUGUGGAGAUGACACAAAAGUACCUACUGACUAUUAUAAGAAUGACCAAUUUUUGCGUUGGUUUAUUGAAUGGGGCGAAGAGUUUUGCGAAACAAAAAAACAGUAUAUACAGAAACUAAAAACUGUAUGUGAAAAUAAGUGUAACAAUAAAUGUGAAGGAACAACAUGUGAGGAAUGCCAACAACAAUGUUCAAUAUAUCAUAAUUGGUUACAAAGUAAAGAAAAUGAAUGGAAGGGUCAAAAAAAUAAAUACGAAGAGGAAUUUGAAAAAAAUGGAUUAAUGUCCACUAAUAAUUUUUAUACGAAGAAAGAUCCUCAUGAAUUUUUAAAAAGUGAAGCAAGUGGAUGCGGUGAUGUCGAAUAUAAUAAUGUUUUCAAGAAAGAAGAUCACCAGUAUAACCCAUAUAAACAAAAAUGCAAAAAUUGUGCAACAAAUUUAAUUACAAAUAUUGUAGAAAAAAUUGAGAAACAGAAAAUCAAUAAAUCCAAGGGUCUUCCAGAACAACCAUCACAUAUAGAAAAUAUAUGUAACAAUGGAAAUGUAGAUUGUAACAAAGUGAAGAAUGUUGGUUUAAUAAAGGUUCCUAUGGAUCCAGAUAAUACAAAUAUUAACACUUAUCGUAAUAAAGAUGGAGAAAGGGAUAAUUGUGGGGGAAUACCUAGUAACACAUCACAAAUAGAGUGGAAAAAUAAAGAACAUAAAGAUUUGCGGCACUUGAGUAAAAUGGAUGAACGAAUGUACGUUUCCCCUAGGAGAAAAAAAUUUUGUGUAAAAGAUCUUGACAAAGCGACAGACGACAAAGAUUUAAAAGCUAGACUAUUAACUGUUGCUGCAAAUGAAGGUUAUAAUAUAUCUAUUAAAUAUGAUGAUUAUAAGAACAAAUAUGCUGUUCCUCCAUGUAAUGCAUUGAAAUAUAGUUUUUAUGAUUUUAAACAUAUAAUCCUAGGUGAUGAUCCGCUCGAACCAGACAACACUGGUACAGGAAAGAUACUGAAAGGUCUUUUUCAAAAAACAUUAGAAAGCAAUACUCAGGAUGAAAAUAAACUUAAUAAGAAACGUAAAGAAUUUUGGAAUGAAUACAAAAAGUGUGUAUGGGAAAUUAUGAAAUGCGGUUACGAUCGAGGAAAAGAAAAAGGAGGAAAUGCCCCCGAUAUUAAAAGUGGAUGUUAUAUGCCAACAGAAUUUGAUAAUUCCGAUCAAUUUUUGGUAUGGUUGACCGAAUGGUACGACGACUAUUGUCAUAAAAGAUACAAAUUGGUAGAGAAGGUGCAAGAAGCGUGUAACACAAAAGAGGAUGAUUUCAAAUGUAAUGAUGAUGAGUGUAAAAAAAAAUGCACAGAAUACAAAGAAUAUAUGGAGAAGAAAAGAAUUCAAUGGGGAAAACAAAGUCAGUACUAUAUUACCAAGAAAACAAGUGGACCUCCUGGUGUAAACAAUAAAGGAUAUACUAAAGAUAAUGCGACAGAAUACAUAAAAACUAAAUUUACUAAGAAUUGUAAUGCCCAAUCACAUGAUAAUUCACACAAUAGUGGUGAUGAAGUAAAACACAACAUCAAUUUGUUAGAACAACAACCCUAUUAUGAUGUAGAUUCACAUUGUGGGUGCAAAAAAUUUAUUGAUGAGGAUGACUAUACUAAAAUUUCGGGACAAAAUAAUUGUAAAGGGAUAAAAAAGGAAGCACUAGAGGAAAGGAAGGAAAAAGAAGAAUCUGGAAUUAAAUGGAAACAUAAAGGUGCGACGUAUGGAUAUAAUUAUUUGACUGAAUUGUCUAACGAUGUAUUGUUUUCUUCACGUAGACAAAAUAUUUGUUUCGAAGGACUAGACAACAAAUCCAAGGACAGAACAGUUAAAGUUGAAGAUAAAGUUACGUUGAGAAAAAGAUUAUUGCAAGUUGCUUCAACUGAAGGAUAUAAUUUAGGAGCAUAUUAUAAAGAAAAAGAAGACGAAAGUGGAAAAAGUAUUGAAGAAAAAAAAUAUACAUACGAGGUCAAACCUUGUAAUGCUAUGAAAUAUAGCUUUUAUGAUUUAAGGGAUAUAAUUCUAGGUACUGAUAAUUUAGAACCUGAUACCACAUCGACAGGUAGUAAUCUUAAAUCAAUAUUUGAAAAACAAGAUGGGGGAAAACAAGGUAAUGGUGAACCCGGUAGUGAUACGCGAAAAAUAUUUUGGAAUAAUAACAAAGAAUGUGUGUGGGAAGCAAUGAUAUGCGGAUAUAGAAAAGGUAGACUUACUAACGAUAGUCAACAAGAACUAGCAAAUUGUGUACGUAACGAUGAUGAUUAUCCUACAGGAAAUAAUCGCAAGGAAGGUACUUCAUACCAAUUUUUAAGAUGGUUUUCCGAAUGGGCAGAAGAUUUUUGCAAAAAACAAAAGAAAGACUUUGAAAAUUUACGAAAGGCCUGUGAUGAUUGUAAGGUUGAUGCAGGUGGAGGAACUAAUAUAAAAUGUAAGAACGAAUGUGAGGAAUGCAGAAAAGUUUGUCAAAAACAUAAAGAUUUUAUUCAAGAAUGGCGUCCGCAAUAUGAAAAACAAAGAAAAAAAUAUAGUGAGGAUAGAGGGAAGAAUAUAUAUAACGAUGUUCCUGUGGCAAAAGACGAAUCAAGUGCUCGACAUUAUUUAGACAAAAAAUUAAAAAAUAUUACAUGUAAUAGUGGUGUUGACUGUAAUUGUAUGGAUCAAACGACCACGAUACAAACCUCGAAAACACCUGGUAGUAAUGAUAUGCCUGCAUCGUUGGAUUAUCCGCCAGAUAAAUAUAAUACUCCGUGUACGUGUGGUGCUGCUGCCAAACCGGUCGCAGCGAAACCAGCUGCGGUGCGAUCUCCGACGGCUACGUCAGUACCUAAUAGUACUAGUCCUAACACUAAUCCGUGUGCCAAAAAAGGUGGUACCACACUCACCAUGAGUGUGGAUACGGUGGCGGAAACACUACAGGAGGAGGCAAAACAAAAAAUGGGUCAACGUGGUGGUACUAUUUUGACAGCUGAUGCAAUAAAAGGAAAAUACCAAAACAAUAAUAAGGAAUUUACGUUGGAGGGACACAUAUGUAAUAUAAAUAUCAAUCAUUCCAAUGCUCAAAAUACGUCUGGUUAUACAUAUAAAGGACCAUGUGAAGGCAAAGGUACAGGUAGGGGUAAAGACACAAGGUUUGAAAUAGGAACCCUGUGGGGAGAAUAUGACAAUGAAGUAAAUCCAAACAACAAAGGCCUUUUAUUUCCUCCUAGACGUCGUCAUAUGUGUACGUCGAAUUUAGAAUAUUUACUGAAUAAUGGCGAAGGUGCACUUCUAAAACAAAAUGAUGACAAUAUUAAUCAUUCUUUUUUGGGUGAUGUGUUGCUUUCUGCAAAUUUAGAAGCAAAAAAGAUAAAGGAAGAGUAUCAACCUCCAAAUGACAAUGAAGGUAUAUGCAGAGCAAUGAAAUAUACUUUUGCCGAUCUAGGUGAUAUUAUAAGAGGAAGAGACAUGUGGAAAGAUCAGUAUCAAAAAAAUAUACAAGCACAUUUGAAUCAUAUAUUUAAAAGGAUUAAAGACAAACAUCCUGGUAUCCAAGGAAAUUAUACCGAUCCUGAUGGUAUAUCAAUCCUACGUAAUGAUUGGUGGUCUGCUAACCGAGAUCAAAUAUGGAACGCAAUGAUGUGCAGUAACGGAUGUAGUGAUAAAGCCACACCGUUGGACGACUAUAUCCCCCAAAGAUUAAGAUGGAUGACCGAGUGGGCCGAAUGGUUCUGCGAGGCACAAAAACAAAAAUUUGAUGAGUUGGUGAAGGGAUGUAAAGGAUGUGAGAGUAUUAGUAAGGGUAAACCAUGUGCAAAUUGUUCACAAUGCCUACAGAAGUGCUCAGACUAUAAAAAAUUUAUUGAAACAUGGAAAGAACAAUGGGACAAAAUGAAUAAAAAAUACGAAACAUUAUACCAAGAAGCAAAAAACCAAAAUAGUGGUAGUGCUGCUCCUAAUGUUACUGAAGAUCAAAAAAUGGUUAACUUUCUGUCAAAAUUAAAAACUACAAAUAGUGGCACCAGUGUUACCAAUACCACUUAUUCUACUGCUGCAGGGUACGUUCAUGAAACAGCAUAUGUUAAGAAUUGUGAGAAACAAGAUGUUUUCUGUAAUAAUAAUAGCGAGAAGGAUAAAUAUGUUUUUGAGGAGUACCCAAAAGGUUAUAAGCAAGCAUGUGGUUGUCAGGAGCAUACAACAACAGCACCUGUGACAAGGGCAACACCGACACCAAAUGGGAUACAAUCAACAAUACCUACACCACAAACACAGAAUGUGGUGGCACCUGGACCCGCACAACAACAACAGACUAGACCACAAGGUCUCCCGCCGCCGACAUCAUCAUCGUCAUCAAAGGACACGGGAUUACCACCCGAAAAAUCUCAAGGAUCACGACGGGAUCCAAGCACUGGUGCACCCGGAACAAGUGACGAAACCACUAGUGGAACAGGAACCCAUACCCAAGGUAGUGUAGUCAAAACAGUAAAAGAACCUGCACCAGGACAGCAAGGAGUAUCGCAAACUAGAAAAAAUGAUCAGGGUGUUGAUAAUGCAGCAGGAUCACAAACGGCUCCAAGUAAUAGGGUUUUUCAUUCUGGUCAAUCUGUUCCUCCUCGUACUGGCAACGUUACUGACCCUGAUAGACCAGGUACUGUUUCUUCUUCUAGUGCUGGUAAUAUCCUUGCUUCUAAACAAACUAAUAUUAAUCCCGUUAAUAUCUCAACUAGUGGUGGCCAACGUGAUGUGGGACAAACACAAACACCUAAAAAAGGACAAACACCUAGCGAGCAAGAAUUGGAAAAAUGUCCUGAUAUAAAUCAUUCAUAUUGUAAUUAUUAUGGAGCAAAAAGAGGAACUGUUUGUCGUCAAAAAAAACUUAAUACAGAUUUGAGUACUUGGAGAGGUAGUCUUGUAAAAGUUCCUAUAGGUAUGAAAAACGAUAACUUAAUUCCUCCUAGAAGGAGACAGUUAUGUCUUAAUCAUUUGAAUAAGCUAAAUGAUCGAUCACUAAAUAAAGAAAUGUUAAAGGAAUAUCUUCUUCGUGAUGCAUCAAGCGAAGCAAAAAUAUUAUGGGAAAUAUAUAGUAAUGAUCAAAAAAAAGCCCUUGAAGCAAUGAAAUAUAGUUUUGCAGAUUAUGGAAAUAUUGUAAAAGGUAAUGGUAUGCUCCAUAAUUUUGAAUUUUUAGAACAAAAUAUAAAUACAUUAUUUAAAGAAAAUGGAACUGCAAAUGAAAGUACUAGUGUAACUGAAAAUCGCAAGAACUGGUGGAAAAAAAAUAAAAAAUAUGUUUGGAACAUAAUGAUGUGUCAUUACAAUGGAACGGACAAAAAAGUAGGUAGUUGUCCUCUUUACGAUGAUAUUGAUGAAAUACCUCAGUUCUUAAGGUGGAUGACCGAAUGGGCUGACGAAUUUUGUAAUGAAAAAAAAAACGAAGCACAGGCAUUAAUGAAGAAUUGCAUAAAUAAUUUUAAAAAUAAAAACUAUGAGAAAAUUGAUGAUAUUAAUUACAAAAAUUGUAAAUACUUAUUUAAAAAAUAUAAACAUUGGUAUAUUAGUAGAAAUCAACAAUGGAAAGGAUUAAAGGAUCAAUAUGUACAAUUUAAAUCUCUUGAUACAAAGGUUUCUGCUCAAUGGUACGGAAUAUCACAACAACUUGAAGAAAAAGAUGCUGAAGAAUAUGUGAAAAAAAAAUGUCCUAAAUGUAAUUGCAACUACAAUGAUUUGGAAUAUAUAACUAAUGUUAUAAAAGAACGUGAAGACGAAUUAUUAAAUGAAUUAAUUUUAAAAGCUAAAAUUGAUAGUAUUGUUCCUGAGGAAACAUACAUUUAUAAAAUUUUAUCUCUUGGUGGACAUGGUCCAGAAAUGGUAAAAUCAGCUAUUAAGACGGCUGAAAGUAUAAUUCCUCAAGCUGCAGAAAUUGCAAACGUAACUGCAUCAGCUGGAAUUAAACUUGCACAAGAAACAGCAACUUUUGGAUUAGGAGCUGCAAAAGAUAUUUUGAAUACACUUAAGGAGGUCGCUCCUGUUGUCCAACCUAGUAGUUCUAAUGGUGUUCAAGAUCCUUCGGGUAGUUACAAUUCUGGUCAUAGUGGUCUUAGAUCCACAAGGAACCAAAAUCCUGGCUCACCAAGAGCUACUAGUGGUGAUGAUAAUGCUAGUAGGCAUAGUAUUUCUUCCUCAUCAUCAAGUUCAUCAGGUAGUGGUCCGCGACAUGGUACCACUGGACAUGCAACAUCACACAAGGCAUCACCAAGUGCAAGAGCAGGAUUACCCGGACCAACAGGCGUAGUUGUUGCUCCAGGUGUGGGUGUUGCUCCAGGCGUAGGUGUUGCUCCAGGCGUAGGUGUUGCUCCAGGUGUGGGUGUUGCUCCAGGGGGAGGUGGAUCUGGUGUACCUAAUGGAGGACCAGCAUCAAUACAAGGAAAUUUUGUACCAGCGACAACUCAAUUAGCACAAGUACAACAAGCAACAGGAGCACAAGCAGCUCAUGGACCACAAGGACAACCCGGAAUAGGUAGAACCCCUGAAAAAGCUGUAAUAUCACAGACCUCACCCUCAAAUGAUAUAUCCCUAUUUGAAGUGAUAACAUCUGUUCAACUACCCCUUCAAGUAGGAUUUCUAUUAGGUGGGAUCGGAUUCCUUUUCUAUUACCUGAAGAAAAAACCCCAAACCGCAUCUGCCGAUAUAUUUCGUGUUAUUGAUAUCCCCCAAAACAAUUAUGGAAUACCUGAUGAAAAAUCUACCAAUGAAUAUAUAACAUAUAGUCGAUAUAAAGGAAAAACAUAUAUUUAUAUGGAAGGAGAAGAAAUGGACGAUUAUAUUGGAGAUAUAUCUUCCUCUGAUAUUACGUCUUUAUCAGAAAGUGAGUAUGAAGAGUUUGAUAUAAAUGACAUAUAUGUAUAUAAAUCGCCAAAAUAUAAAACGUUGAUCGAAUUGGUAUUAAAACCUAGUAAAUCAACACAGGAUGAUACACCUAUGUAUCAUGAGAAUGACAACAACAAAAUUACGGAUAAUGAAUGGAAUGAAGUAAAACAUGACUUUAUAUCUCAAUAUUUAAAUAAUAUAGUAUCUGACGUACCAUUAAAUAAUGCGUCACAAUCAGAUAAUAUUCCUAAGGAUGCCCAACCUGACAUAUUAGCAAAUAAUAUGGAAGAAAAACCUUUUAUUAUUUCGAUACAAGAUAGAUAUCUUGAUGGUAGUCGUGAGGAUGUUACUUAUAAUAUUAAUUGGAAUGUUCCAAAACAUAAGGAAGUAACUAUUAAUUCUAUGAAUGUUCCAAAAUACCGUUCAUCAAAUAAUAUAUAUGCUGGAAUUGAUUUAAUUAAUGAUUCGUUAAAUAGUAAUACUAAUCUUGAUAUUUAUGAUGAAUUGCUCAAAAGAAAAGAAAACGAAUUAUUUGGGACAAAACAUUCAAAAAAUACAUCAACAAAAGUGUUUGCCAAACAGAUAUAUGAUGAUCCUAUAAAUAAUCAACUAGACGUUUUCCAUAAAUGGCUAGAUAGACAUAGAAAUAUGUGCAAUAAAUUGAAUCAUAAGGAAGAAAUAUUAAGUAAAUUAAAAGAUGUGUGGAAUAAAUCAAAUAACGAACAUAUAUUUGAUAUACCACAAUCAACUCAUAAUGAAAUUAAUGAUGAAACAUAUAAUAUGAUUAAUACAAACACUCAUAAAAGUAAUGAUAUAACAUCUCUUGAACAACUUAGAUCAAUAUAUAACAAACCUAGCGAUAUUACAUAA